UCCCUCCUUUUGUUUCCACCAUCGACCAACUCAACUCUCUCUCUCUCUCUCUCUCUCUCUCUCUCUCUCUCUCUCCUUUUUCUUUUUUCUCUCUCUUCUUUUUUUUCCUAAAAAAGAAAUUAAUAGAAAAGAAAAGAAAAAAACCGUUCAGGUUUGGAAUAGUUGAGUUCAAAAUUUGAGUUCAGUUGAUUUGAAUGAUUCUGUUCUCCGGCGUGAAAUGUUACCGGCGGGAAACGUAACAACAAUUUUCCGGUACCGGAGAAGAAGAAGAUCUAGUUAAAAUGGAAACAACAACAUCUCAGAAGAGUCAAUCAAAGCUAACAAGAACACAAUCCUCUCUUCUCAAUCUCACUUCUUCACCAACAAUUCGAUCAUCGUUUCAAAGCCUUACUUCAAUCAACGAUUACUACGACGAAGAAGACGACAAAAACAACAAAAAGAAAAUCAAGAAACCCCAAAACCGAACCGGGUCAACCCGAAUAACCGCUCCGGUUAUCGCUGUUAUUUCAUUCGGUUUCCUCGGCGCGUGUUCAUUUUUCUUCUACUUCUCCUUCCUCGGGAGUGACGAGGUACCUACCUCAGAGAAUCUCUUACUCGCGUUGAUUUUCAUCGCCGUUGCGCUUUACUUCGCUUCAAAGAACAAAGGCUUAAUCAACCACGGAAUUUCAGUUUUCAAGCAGUGGUGGGAAAUUAACGUGAAACGGGUCGGGUUCGGGUUAUCGAAAUCGUCAGAAUCAAAACCGGUUCAAUGGUUCAUCGGUGAUUCAACAAAAACAGUUACAACAACAACAACGAAGAAAAAGAGUGUUAGAGAAGGUGUUGAAUUUUACAGUAAUGGUGAUUUUUACGAAGGUGAAUUUCAUAAAGGAAGAAGUAAUGGGAGUGGUGUUUACAAUUACUUUGUGAAUGGAAGAUAUGAAGGUGAUUGGAUUGAUGGAAGAUAUGAUGGUUAUGGAAUUGAGAGUUGGGCUAGAGGGAGUCGUUAUAAGGGUCAAUAUAGAAAAGGAAUGAGACAUGGUUAUGGUGUUUAUAGAUUCUAUACUGGUGAUUCUUUUUCUGGUCAAUGGUGUAAUGGUCAAAGUCAUGGUAUGGGUCUUCAAACUUGUUCUGAUGCUAGCACUUAUGUUGGUCAGUUUAAGCUUGGUGUUAAACAUGGUCUUGGUUGUUACCAUUUUAGAAAUGGAGAUAGAUAUGCAGGGGAGUAUUUUGGAGACAAAAUUCAUGGAUUUGGGGUCUACCAUUUUGCUAAUGGACAUUGUUAUGAAGGAGCAUGGCAUGAGGGUCGUAGACAAGGUAUUGGCUCAUAUACUUUUCGAAAUGGUGAUCGAAGAUGUGGCGAAUGGGAUGCUGGUAACCUCAAGCAUCCUUUGCCACCACUAACUGAUGUUGUCCUUCGAGCGAUUCAGGCUGCUAGGAAAACGGCUGAGAAUGCGAUUAACCUUAAACGGGUCGAAGACCAAGUUAACAAUGCAGUGAUCGCUGCAAACAAGGCUGCCACAGCUGCUCGAGUUGCUGCUGUGAAGGCUGUUCAGAACAGAAUGGAUGGAAAAUUUUGUGAAACUUUUGUCUAAGAUAAUUCAAUGUUAUCUUUUGUUUGCAAUUGUAAAUUUUUACUACUAAUUUGAGUUACUUGGAAGAUGUCACCCUGAUGAGCAAAAAAGCUGAUUGGAGGUUGAAAAACGAGUAUGCUUUUAAUGUUUGUUUUUUUUUUUUUUAUCUUACCACACUGUAACUUGUAUAUAAACCAUGUAUAUCAAUGAAAGUUCAAUUUUCUGCA